AUGGCACGGCUGCCUGGCUCGCGGCCUCCAUGGCGCGAGCGUGAGAUGCAGCAGCACGGGAGCCUUCGGGAUGCACACAUGACGAGCGGAGGAAGAGAGGAACCCGUGAACGUGCUCGCCGGUGAGGCAGCGGUCACGGCAGUGGGGUGCGUCGGCGCCGCCAUGGGGCACGCGGGGAGAAACCCUAGAGGCCGCCCCUCCCUCCUCACCAGACGCCGCCCCUCUCCUGACCUUCUCUCUAGGCAUGACACAGGCGCGGCCACCACUUGGCCGCACGGUGUCCUGGCCCUCACACGCAGCAGCAGCCAACUCCUUCCGUCCUGCCGGCCGUGCGAGGUGUUGAAGGGGGCACCUGAUCUCUGGCGUCGAGGACCUGCGGUGAGCCUUCACCGGACCUGCGGACGUGUUCGGAGGAGCGGCGCUAGAUCUGCAGCGGAGCUGCGCUGGCAUGUCCAGGAUGAUAGUGGUAUGGCCGCGUGCAGUAGACCAACGCAUCCAGCAUCUCCAACAUCGGACCUGUGGCGGAGCUGGAUUUUGGGGAAAAUGUGGAUUCAGAACAAGAUCAAGAAGGGAAUAACACACUACAAAAAAUCUAUCUAAAGCACAUCCAAAGCACAAAAUGUAAACAUGUUUGUACCUAUGCUAGCAACCCAACAGCUAAUGGCCUCAGCUGCUGUUGAGCAUGCAGUUGUUGCUGUUGAGAUGACUGCAUCAACUUUUGCCUCUGAUGUUCUGGUGUUAGAUGCUGUUGGGGAGAAGGUGUAUUCAUCAUAUUGGUGGCUGACCUACGACAGCUAGCAUAUGGCAUUGGAGGAGUGAACACACCAUCAAAGUUAGGACUUCCUGUGGUUCCAGGUGAUGGCGCGGGUCUUCCAAGGAACCAUCCUUCUGGAUGCCUGCAAGCAGUAUGAAGGCAACAAAUUGAAACUGAGACAGAAAUAUUAAACAUUUAUCUGAGCUUGGCUAUUGUCAUUUGCCCAUUCCCUAUUAUGCACGUGUGGGUAAGGAGAUAUGGCCGGCAAAAGAAGACAUUGUGUAUAACACAGGAUGUACUCCAAAAAAGAAACAAUGUUCUCACCUAAAGGAGGAACAUUUAAUACAUAUGUACAUAAGGACACUGUAUUUUGGAUACCAAAUUAUCACAAAGAAUAGGAGGAACAAUGUUCUCACCUAAA